UGGCACCGCGCGGGUCGUUUUUUGUCGUGAAAUCGACUCGCAAAUUAUUGUAAACGUGGAAAGACCGUUACGCGGCGUGCCUAAUGGCUCGCUACUCCAGUCCGGAUUUUCCAUGUGAGGCGCGCCGGAGCCCUGGAGGUGGAUAAGCUGGUAGAGCCCGCUCUCUCUCGUGCCAUGCUGGGCCACAAGGGCUCCAGGAGACGCUGCUACACAUUACUGAGACCCGGGAUGGAGGAGAGGCGGAGGGGGGAAGGCAAAAAGUUUCUUUAAACCUGCCAGAGAAACUUUGAAGAUGAAGCCUCGCUGACGCCACCGCAGCAGCAGCGCGACAGCCAGGCGAAGCUUUUUCCGCGGGUUUUAUUUUUGACCCCCGAGCUCGUGUUUUCUCCCCUCUGUGUUAUUUUGUGCGCGCGCGGCUGGUCGGGGCUCGCUGUCACUGCGCGCUGAGAUGUUGGAGUGACCAUGGCUGCGCAAGUGGCAUCGGCUCCGACCAGAACCAACAGCAAAAAUAAGAAACUAGCCGGCGGUCUGGGUCCCGAGCUCAAUUCGGGGAAAUCCGGAGGAGGAGGUACAGGACAGCGAACGGGACCGAUGCUGGCUGCUGGAGAUGGGACUCUGAAUAAUGUAGAUCAUCACCGCCGGAACGAGCUCAGCAUGGUCCAUUCAACUUCCACGAGUCACGGCGCUCCGGACGGACACGACAAGGCUGGGAAUAACCUCGCGUCCGCCACGGCGUCGACUAAUUCGAGCGCUUCCUCGAUGGAGUCGAGUUUGAUCGCGAACCACAAGCUGAAAUGUGCGGGGAGCGGAGAUCCCCCUCAGUCUCAGCCACCGCAGCAGCCGCCGCCGCAAUUCGGCCAGUUUGCGCCACAUCAGCAGCGGCAGAUCCAAAGUAACAACAGCGCCAAUAACAACGGCCAGGUGCCCCGCGGGGACAGGAGCGCGGAUCACCAACACCACAGCGGCAAAGAGAACCUGUUGGGGGGCCAGGAGGAGCCACAGCAGCAGCACAUGACAGGGAAAGGUGAAGGGGAGCUCACCUGUAAGCCCUCCGAGAGGAUGAUGGCCGCCAGGUACGAGCACUCGAACUUGGGGCCACCGAGCAACAACUCCGAGUUCAAUAACAACUAUUACACUCCGAGGCCCUGCUACGAGCAACAUGGCGGGCAGCAGCAACAAAGCAGCGGGAUGGGGAUAACGCACUCCUCGGCACAUAACAGCAUGGAGAACUCCCACGAAGCAGGGUACCACAACAGCCAGUACGGCCAGUACCCCGCCUACCGAGCGGGCUACGGCGGCGGGGGCUACGGGAUGAUGGGCCCCUCUGGAUGUCGGCAACCUGGGAACAUGAUGAUGGGCAGCAACUCCUCUGCGAGCCACGGCAAGUCUCCUCUGGGAGCUGCUUCGGCUGGCUUCCAGAGGUUCCCGGGACAAACCCAGCCGCAGCCACAGCAGCAGCAGCAGCAUCCCUCGGGGGCGACCCCGACCCUCAACCAACUGCUGACGUCCCCCAGCCCGAUGAUGCGGGGCUACGGGGGUGCCUAUCAGGACUUCAGCGGCCCUGCGGCUCAGCAGCAAGCCGGCAUGGGCCCGGGAAAAGACGUGGGGUCCCAGUAUGGAGCCACUUCGGCCCACUGGGGAGGGCAGCAGAGGAGCCAUCCACACGCAAUGAACCCUGGCAACGCAACGCAGGGCCUCGGCAGGACGCAGGUUUCCUCCAUGGACUUCAUGGCUAUGAAGCGCUCGCAGCUGUACGGCAUGGCCAACAAUCCCUACUCCGCCCCGCAGCAGCCGGGGGCCGGACCCUAUCCCCCCAGCCAGCCCUACGCGUCGCCUCCCCCGCAUCGAUACCCGAUGAGCCUACAGGGGAGGGGUCAAAUGGGCAUGGGUGGGAUGCAGUAUCCUCAGCAGCAGCAGGUGGUGCCAUAUGGCCAACAGGGGAUGGUUGGGUACAGCCAGCAGCAGCAGCAGCAAGGGGGGCAGCAGGGAACCCCUCCGUACUUCAGCCCCCCUCAUCAGACUCCUCCAGGACCGACCCCGAGCUCCUACCUGCAGCCUCGGCCGCCACUGCAACAGGAGGCCCAGCAGGAGAGCUACAGCUUCAGGGGUCCUACCCCAGGGAAUUCUGGGAAGGCUAACAAUGAGGAUAACGUCCCCCACGACCGCCCCUCUAGUCUGCCGGAUCUGUCCGGCUCCAUUGACGACCUCCCCACCGGGGAGGCCGGCCUGGGCUCGGCGGUUGGCGCCGGGGGCUCCUCCAGCAGCAGCAGCAGUAGCCAAGGGGAGCAGGGGAGCACCGGUAACCAGGGACAGUCCCCCUUCUCCCCUCACGCCUCCCCCCACCUCCCCAGCCAGAGGAGCGGGCCCUCUCCGUCCCCCGUCGGCUCCCCGGCCGGCUCCACUCAGUCCCAGCAUUCCCGCUCGGGCUCGGGCCCCAUCUCACCUGCCAGCGGACCCUCUGCCAACACCUCUGCACCAGGUUCGGCCAUGGCCCCGCAGAGCUCCGGAAACGCACCCGAUGGAGGUCACCCGCCAAUCACACGCUCACCUAUGGCUCAGGAGAGAGGGUUCAACGUGCAGAGGAACCAGGCUGCCUCUCAGGCCACACAGCUCACCGGGCCACACCUCAGAGUGGGUCUCCUCGCAUACGUGCAGGUUGGCGGCGGCCGUGAAUCGCGGCGCAACUACCCACGGCCCUCCAACUACAGCGGCGCAGCCAGCACCGGCUACAGUGGCCCCGGCCCCGGCGUAACCAACAGCCUGGGCAUGAACGCUACCAGCCCCAUGCACGGCCAGGGGCCCGGCCAGCCCGUGCCCGGAGGACGCGGCCACGGCCCAGGCAGCCAGAACAGGGCGUACCCGGCCAUGGGUCCCACUUCUCCCAGCGUACCCCAGCCAGCUGGGCCCGGGAUGGGUCCCCCUUCUUUGGGUAGCUCUAACCGCAAGACCCAGGAGGCAGCGGCGGCUGCCGUGCCGGGAUCUGCCAACUCAGUGCACAACAGGACGCCUCUGCACGCGAGGCCCCCAGCCCAGAAGCAGCCCACCUCCACCCGCUGGCCCACACCCCACCAUUCCUCCACCUGUCCACCGCCUUCACCCCCACCCCGACCUCAUCCUCCAUGCAUCCAUUCGCAUCAACAUAGAUCCCACUUUAGAACAUCUGAGGGAGAUCAGGAGAAAAUUGGCCUCCGAAAAACCUGCAGAUCCACGGGAAUGUCAGGAGACGGGAUAAUGAGCCCAGAUGCCAAACCGAAAACGGAGGUGAAAGAUGACGGCGGCCCCGCCAACGAGCCCCACAAACCAAAGCUCCCGGACGUUUACGUCAACAAUAACAGCAGCGGCGGCUCCCAGCAGUGCGUGUCCCAGCCAGCCACUCCGGGCGGCGCCCUACCCGUGCCCUCGCCCCUCUCACCCAGCCCCGCCAGCCUCUCCUCCUACCACGGAGAUGACAGCGACAGCAUCAGCAGCCCCCCCUGGCCUCUCAAGACUCCCUCCAGCCCCAAAGCCAACCCUAACGCCUCUCCGUUCAGCGGCGACCGAAUCGCACGGCUGUACGAGCUCGGUGGAGAGCCGGAGAGGCGAGGCUGGGUGGAGCGAUACCUGAACUUCAUGGAGGAGCGGGGCACACCUGUGAGUCAGCUUCCCACUGUGGGCAAGAAGCCGCUGGACCUGUGGAAGCUCUACAUGGCGGUUCGGGAAAUAGGAGGCCUCGCCAUGGUAAACAAGAACAAGAAGUGGCGUGAGCUGUCCAGCACCCUGAACGUGGGUACAUCCAGCAGCACCGCCAGCUCGCUGAAGAAGCAGUACAUCCAGUAUCUGUUUGCCUACGAGUGCAAGAUGGAGAGGGGAGAAGACCCGCCAGCGGACAACAGCAGCAGUAGCGGCAGCAUGGCUGGAGGGGACAACAGGAAGCAGGUCAAGAUCCAGCCGCCUUCACCUGCUCAUUCAGGCGGCUCCCUCCAGGGCCCACAGACACCUCAGUCCUCUGGCAGCAGCUCGACAGCAGAGGCAGCGGGGGACCUGAAGCCCCCCACACCUGCCACCACCCCCCUGGGACAGGUCACACCACUGCCCCCCAACAGGUACACACAGACGCAUGCUUAUUGCUUUCCUUCCUCCACAGUGGCAGGAGCCGAUCCUUAUAUUCCAGCCCAGAUGCCCGGAAGCGGCAUGCAGGACAUGUACGGUCGACCCCCAUCAGCCCUGAGCAUGAGCCAAAGGUCGCAGUACCCGUACGGGCCGGGCUACGACAGGAGGCCGGACCAUAUGAUGGGGAUGGAGGGGAGCAUGGGCCCCCCUGGGAGUCAGAACAACAUGGGACCUUCGAACAGUGAGGGCAGCAUGUACUCGCCCAGCAGAUAUUCGUCACAGCACAGACACGACGGCUACGGUCAGCAGUAUUCCAGCAUGCCGUACGGGAUGCAUCCAUCUGGGAUGUACCCGCAGCAGCAGGGCUACAAGCGUCCGCUGGAUGGGAUGUACGGCCCCCCGCCGAAGAGACACGAGGGCGACAUGUACGCCAUGCAGUACACCAACCAGCAGCCGGACAUGUACAACCACUACGGCAGCGGUUACUCCGAACACAGACCGCUCCAGGGACAGUUCCCCUACCCGUACCCCCGCGACCGCAUGGCGCCCUCGGGCCAGAGCCAGCACAGUAUGCUGGGUGGGGGCCCCCCUCCUAAUCACGCUGCCGACGGGCCCAACAUGUGGCCUUCGAGGACAGACCUCGGCUACCCCUACCCCAGCAGGCCGGGAUCACAGAUGCCCCCGUACGGCUCGAUAGGCAGAGACGACAUGGACGGGCGGCCCGGGCCGGAGCAGUGGCACCGCCAGUCUCCGUACAUGUCAUCAUCAGGCGGCAUGCCCCCCCUGUCCUCGCGCCAGCCGUCGUCUUAUUCCAACUCCCCGUCCAUGGCCAACCACCUGCCCAGAGCGCCGAGCCCAGGGGCCUUCCAGCGCUCCAUGGACUCUCGAAUGUCGCCCAGCAAAGCGCCGUUCAUGUCCCCCAUGAAGAUGCCUAAACCCGGCCUGGCCAUGAUGGGAUCGCAGGGCGGCGGACCCAUCGGCCAGUUUCCUCCUAAUCUGAGGAGGGACCUCAACUACCCACCGGGCUCAGUGGAGGGCACCCUGCCGCUUCUCAAGCCUCGACGCAAGCUAACAUCCAAGGACAGCGGAACGCCUGAGGCCUGGCGCGUGAUGAUGUCUCUGAAGUCUGGCCUGCUGGCAGAGAGCACGUGGGCGCUCGAUACCAUCAAUAUCCUGCUGUACGAUGACAGCACGGUGGCCUCCUUUAACCUCUCCCAGUUGCCUGGAUUCCUCGAGCUCAUCGUCGAGUACUUCCGCCGUUGCUUGAUUGAGAUCUUUGGCAUCCUGGAAGAGUUUGAGGUGGGGACUAAGAAACGCUCCUCAAGUCCAGCGUCUGCACAGAAAGAAAGACCUGAGCGGGAUUCCGGCUCUCCUGUCCAGCCCGAGCUCUCCAAAGCCGAGGAGACCCAGGUGGAGCGUGCCGAGGGCGUCGCCGAGGACGUGACACCUGCUGCUGCGGAGCCGGCCAAGGUGAACGGCGAAACAGAGGAGUCCAACAUGAGCGUUAGCAGGGAGGACAAGAGUGGAGGAGAUGGUGAGAAGGAGGGAAGAGAAGAAGAAGAGGAGGCAGCAGAGUGUGAAGCAGAGAUGGUGGAUCGGCCUGUAGCAGAGGCGGAGCAUAAACCCAAACAAGCCAGCAAAUACGACAAGUUCCCCAUCAAGAUUGUUCACAAAGAGGACCUGAGCGACGACAUGUCCGGUUACCUCACAGAGUUUACCAGCGGGCUGCUGCACUGGCAGGCGGGUGGAGGCGACUCCACGGCGCACAUUCAGACACACUUCGAACCCCGGAGCGAAGCGCCCGAGGACGAAGGCGGGAGAAACAAGAGCCAACAGACGGACCACGAAAAGAAGCAACCCCCGAAACACAUCACCGCGACUAUCGACGACGUUCUGUGCGCCCGCGUCGACGCCCUCGCUUACGGCCACCCCGCGCGCUCUUUGCCCUCUUACCCCUUCAGGGUGCACCCCGAUGGGGAGGAGGACCACAUCACCCUGCUGGAGGAUGAGCCACGCUGCCUGGACGAGGCUCCGCUCACCACCACGUCUGCCUGGCAGGACUCGCUGUCCAAGCGGUGCACCUGCGUCUCCAACGUCGUCCGGAGUCUGUCCUUUAUCCCGGGGAAUGACUUGGACAUGUCCCGCCACCCUGCUCUGGUUCUCCUGCUGGGCAGGCUGCUCCUGCUGCACCACGUGCACCCCGAGAGGAACAGGUUACCUCCCAGCUUCCAAAGAGACGAGCAGCAGGAGCGGGGGCUGUCGAGCAGUAAGGACGAGUGGUGGUGGGAGUGUCUGAGUCUGCUCAGGGAGAACGCCAUGGUCACUCUGGCCAACAUCGCCGGCCAGUUGGAUCUCUCCACUUACCCGGAUACCAUCUGCCUUCCCAUCCUGGACGGCCUCCUCCACUGGAUGGUUUGCCCCUCGACCGAAGCCCAGGACCCCUUUCCGUCGGCAGGCCCGCAUUCCCAGCUCACCCCCCAGAGGCUGGUGCUGGAAUGCCUCUGCAAGCUGAGCAUCCAGGAGGGCAACGUGGACCUGCUGCUGGCGACGCCGCCGUUCAGCCGACAGGAGAAACUGUUCACGGUCCUGGUGCGCUACGUGGGUCAGAGGAAGGCCCAGGUGUACAGGGAGAUGGCGGUGGCUGUGCUCUCCCACCUGGCACAGGGAGACCCCACAGCGGCGCGUGCCAUAGCCAUGCAGAAGGGCAGCGUGGGUAACCUGGUAGUUUUCUUGGAGGACGGCGUUAGCAUGGCGCAGUAUCAGCAGAACCCUCACAGCCUGCUGCACAUGGGCCACCCUCCCAUGGACCCGCCCAGUAUAAACAUGAUGUGCAGAGCAGCUAAAGGCCUGCUGGCUAUGGCCAAAGUGCACGAGAACAAGAAAGAGUUCGUACUGUAUGAAAGCAGAUUAUUAGACAUCUCCAUCUCCUCGGUGCUCAAUGUGGGAGUGGUUGCCAUUAUUUGCCAAGUCCUGUUUCACUUGGGGAAGUUAUGACAUGAGGAGAGGCGGGACUGGCGCGGCACACGCUGAGGCUAUUUCUGUGGUUUUUCUAUUUUUAUUUAUUAAAAUGACAGAAAAUGUUUGUGUUUUUUUAAAAGAAGUAUCCACAUAAACAAAAUGUCUCUAUCUAUAUACAUAUAUAUAUAUAUGUAUAGCUUCUGGGCGAUGUCGGGAUUUGAAAGCUCGUUUUAAUACAAAUAUUUAAUACCUGCUGGUGUCGGAUUGCUGCGUUUGGUUUGGCAUUCUCUUUUUUUCUUCCUUCGUUUACGUUUUCAGCCAAAGCUGCCACCAGAUCUUGGUGCUCAAUUCUGUGGUUCCUUUCGAGUCGAUGAGAUGUUUUUCAGUUUUAUAAACGCCGAUAUGCUCAUCAACUUUUUGUUAAUGGAGAGUAUUUAUUUAAAAUGUGACACUGUACAGUAGUUUGAACUUUUUGCCAACAGCGGUGGAGGAAAAAAACACAAAGAAAACACUGAGUUUUUAAACGGAAACGUCUCCAUCGCUGGAACAUAUGUUGUGCAAUAGGACUUGGAGCAAGUUGUCCCUUUGAAAACCAGAGGAUGUAAAAGCUUCUGACGCCUGCAGUGUGCGCUCACGGCCACGAGGAGGCAGCAUUGCACCAGCCAAUCGACAUCAGAGAAGCGUCUAAUUUAUCAAUCAUAGCCUCAAUGACUUUCACAGAUGAACUUUGUGUUUCCUGAUCACUUGUGUUAUGUCUGUAUUUUUUCAUCACUGUGUAUAUAAACCGUUGUACACACGAUUCUUUCGGUCUUUAUCUAGCAUAGCAGGAGACGGGACUUUCUGACUAUUAUAACAAAUGCUUUUAUUGUUGGUAAAUUUGGUAUUGUUAUUAUACAUAUUUUGUUAAUGGGGUCAAAUAUUUGAACAUGGCAGAUGUAUCUGAUGUUUCACCGUUCAAAAAAAACACACAAAAACAACAAAAAAAGAAGAAAAAAAAAUCCUGUACGCGUUGUAUUAUAGCUGAGAAAACAAUCGCUUUGGUAACGAAACGUGGAAGUGCCGGGGUGAGGGGGUGACUGUGGAGACGCCAUGCGAGGGAACCGAACAUGUUUCUGUUUGUUCAUGUCCUGCGUUCAUGUCAGUGGGCAUAUUUUUGAAUCUACACGAUGCUCGAAAACAAAACACGUGAAAAGAUCAAAACAUCCUGAAAGCUCAUUGUAAAAAAUGCCUUUUUUCAUAUGACUCCUGUCUUUUAUUCAGUAUACACAUUUAUACUCUGUGCUGCACAUGUCACAAAUAAAUGUACGAUGAACAUCGUUAAGCACUGGAGACGUUGCAUUAUGUCCAGACAAUCUUAGGCCAAUAAAACAAACAUCAACUGC